AAAAGUGGAAUCUGCUUGGCCAGAAAAUAUCUACUCCAUUAAAAUAAUCAGCUCACUCUCUCUCUUUCUCCAUUACUUUUGGACUGCACAACCUUCUAUAAAAAUUGCAACAACUCUCAUAACUACACCUGCUUUUGAAGCUCUGAUUUGCCAAGGCAAUCUUGAAACAUGAAGCUCGGCUAUCUGCUAACUGUUUUCUGUCUGUGGGCUGUUGUAUGCUCCAUCCUUCCUUCUUCUGAUGCUCUGAGAAGAAUUAGCCUGAAAAGGAGGCCUUUGGACCUGGUUAGAAUUAAGGCUGCUGCAGAAGCUAAAUUAAAGGGAAAAUUUGGGAUAAAUGUCAAUGACAGACAAAUCAAACUAAACAGUGGAGAUGGAGAUGCGGUGUAUCUGAAGAAUUACUUAGAUGCUCAGUACUUCGGAGAGAUUGGUAUUGGCUCACCACCGCAGAAUUUCACUGUUGUGUUUGACACUGGCAGUUCCAAUCUAUGGGUUCCAUCUUCGAAAUGUUAUUUCUCUAUUGCUUGCUAUUUCCAUAGUAGAUACAAAUCAAGCAAGUCCAGUACAUACACGGCAAAUGGAAAAUCAUGCUCAAUUUCAUAUGGCUCUGGGUCGAUUGCUGGAUUUUUUAGCCAAGACAAUGUUGAAGUUGGUGAUGUUGCCGUCAAGGAUCAAGUUUUCAUCGAGGCUACAAAAGAAGGAAGUCUUACCUUUGUCGUGGCCAAAUUUGAUGGUAUUCUUGGGCUUGGUUUCCAGGAAAUUUCUGUUGGCGAUGUAGUCCCAGUCUGGUACAACAUGGUAAACCAAGGACUUGUUGAGGAGCAGGUAUUUUCUUUCUGGCUUAGCAGUGACCCUGAAGCUGAAGUGGGAGGUGAGAUAAUCUUUGGUGGAGUUGAUCCAAAUCAUUACAAAGGAAAUCAUAGUUACGUCCCUGUGACGAAAAAGGGGUACUGGCAGAUUGAAGUGGGUGACUUCCUUGUUGGCAACCAGUCAACUGGUUUAUGUGAUGGUGGUUGUGCUGCUAUUGUGGACUCUGGGACAUCCUUGUGUACUGGUCCAACUGCUGUUAUAACUCAAAUCAACCAUGCAAUUGGUGCAGAAGGAGUUGCGAGCGCUGAAUGUAAAACACUUGUUUCUCAAUAUGGAGACAUGAUAUGGGAACUCCUAGUCUCUGGAGUGCAACCUGAUGCAAUUUGUUCCCAGAUUGGUCUGUGCUUUUCCAAUGGAGCUCAGUCUGUGAGCUCGAAUAUUGAAAUGGUGGUUGGAAAGGAGAGCACUGAAUCAGUUGGUGAGGAUGCCCUGUGCACUGCUUGUGAGAUGGCUGUAGUUUGGAUGAAAAACCAGCUAAAAAACGAAGGUGUAAAGGAUAAAGUGAUUGAAUAUGUGAAUCAGCUCUGCGAUAGUAUACCAAGUCCAGGAGGUCAAUCCGUAAUCGACUGCAAUAACUUAAAAAACAUGCCUAGCGUCACCUUCAGCAUUGGUGGAAAGCCUUAUGUUCUUACUCCUGAACAGUAUAUACUGAAGGUUGAGGAAGGCCCUACGGCUAUUUGCAUGAGCGGAUUCAUGGCUUUGGAUGUCCCACCUCCUCAAGGACCUCUUUGGAUUCUCGGGGAUGUGUUCAUGCGCCCAUAUCACACUGUGUUCGACUACGGAAAUCUGCAAGUGGGUUUUGCUGAAUCUGCUUGAAGGAUGGGUGGGUAGAAUAAACAUGGCCAGUAGUCUUGACUCGUGAAAUGUUUUUAAGAAGAAAAGGGGUAAUGUAAUGGCUGUGGCAGUUAAUAUGUAAGAAUAUGAUGGUAGUAGGUUAUUUAUUGUCUUUGUGACUACGUACUGAAGACUAUUACUACUAUGUUGUGUACCGUUUCAAUCCUGCUGAGUUUUAACAGUCAGGUUUAUUGACUUUCCUCUUUCAUGUGGGAAUAGUCACGGUAAAGAAAAAUGCUCCUCA